AUGAAUCUAAACUACACAUCUCCUGUCCCCCAGAUGCCAGCCCAAAGGUCAACAUCGUUCUUCAUCGAAGACAUUUUGCUACACAAACCCAAGCCACUGAGAGAAGUGUUUCACUCGCCCUUCUCGAGCUCCCUGGCGUCCCGGAUGCCUCUUCUGGAAUAUGGAUAUCCCUUGAUGCCAACUCCGAUACUGGCGCCUCAUCCUCACCAUCCCCUUCACAAACCUGAGCACCAUCCGUAUUUCUUCACCUCCGGGAUGCAGGUGCCGGCACUGUUUCAGCAUCACCCGGAGUUGCCCGGCAAACACUGCAGACGCAGAAAGGCCAGAACCGUGUUUUCGGACUCCCAGCUGUCAGGACUGGAGAAAAGAUUUGAAAUCCAACGGUACCUCUCCACUCCAGAGCGAGUGGAGCUGGCGACAGCGCUAAGUCUCUCAGAAACACAGGUAAAAACCUGGUUUCAAAAUAGAAGGAUGAAGCAUAAAAAACAACUACGGAAAACACAAGACGACCAGAAAAAUCCAGGUGACUUGGACCGAUCCAUGGAGAACUCGAGUGAGAACGAAAGUAAUGAAAAACAUGCAGAAGAUGUUAAAACGGGAAUGAACCAGGACUCAUAUCUGCUCGAAGAAAAUGAAGACGAUGUAGAUAUCGAAGAAGAUGAUAUUUGUUCGCCGGAACAUCUAUUAUAA